AUGGAAACUAAACGUCUUUUAUUUUUCACUUCUGUUCUUCUUCUGUCAUACCUGUCAUCUGCCGCCAACCAACUUGACAACCUCGAACUUGGUAAUGCUCAGCAUUUCAACUUGGAUAAAGUUCGUCUUCGAGAACUUUGGCAUACAGCUAUGAUUCGAGGGCUAAUUAAGGCUAAAACUCGAUCAUAUUUGGAAGAACUACCAGUUGUUGAACGUAUUCUCUUCCAACAAUGUGAAAAUGAUGCCAAAAACACAGUUGACUUAGCCAAAUGUUCUUGGAAAGUUAUAAAACUAAGAAGAUUUCAUCAACUGCAUGUCAAAACUGACAGUCGGAAGAACGAAAAUCGCAAGAUAGAGAAACUCAACUUCUACAACACCAAUGAAGUUAAACAGCCUCUGGUUUACUCGACUUCUCAAGUUAACACUAGUAACUACACUACCAACUACAAGAUGAAAAGUAUCAAAUACGGUUUCCGCAAUGGCAAACCCUUCAAUCCAAUAAGACCUCAAAUCAGAAGAUACAAAAAUAUUCCUCGUCCACGACGACAGUCCGAUCCUAUAUCAGAUGCUUGGGAACUAUUUCUGAAAGAAGAGCGACACAAGAUGAAACAACAGAUGAAAGUUGACAAGAAAAGCCUGAACGUUACCACAUUGCCUGCUUCUCUGGAUAGAAACUUCUUGGGUUUACCACGAAAAUUUAAGAAAUCAAAAAGGAACAAGAGAAACCUCUUAGAGCCUGAUCCUUUGAAGCCCAUUGUUGCUGAGAAACAGACAUCUAAUGAUAUGGGCCUGUACUUGAACAAGCUAUUCAAGAAGUCUGCCACUCCAAACCUCAAGAAGCUACAAGUUCUCAAAGAUCACUUUGAAAAAGUUGAGGAAAUUAAAGAAUACUAUAAAACAAUGAACGUUGAAAACAAAGACCUUUUCAAAAAACUAGGAAUUCCUGUAGAUAGUCAAGAGCCCCAACUUCAGGAUAAUGUGUUAGCUGCUGUAGAAGAUUUGAUGGGCAUUUUGAAUGAUUUCUCGGCAACUAAAGGGUUGAAAACUCUCUCCAUCAUGUCGCCGAGACUAUUCCCCAUCUUUCCUGAAAAACGUUUUCAAACAAAACGUCGACUGCUAUCACCAACUCUCCUGUCGUUUCACAAAGAAGGGUUUUUCUCUUUACCUGAUGUUUUUGAUGUUCUUACUUCGGAGAAAUCUUAUCAACAAAUGAUGCUAGACCUGUUGAUGGAUUUAAGUGGCGCGGGAAAGGCAUUAGAUCAAGUACUGUCGAAAAUGUCACAUGAAAUCGAAUAUGUUUCGAAUGUCCAAUACCCUUUGCUCAUGGAAAUGAAAGAGCAUGAUCUCAAUUGGACAAAAGCUCGCAAAACUUUCACAACAGAGCAGAAAAUCGAAUAUGAUAAACACGGCUACACAUAUCUCAACCCGCAUCAAUUGAAUCUUGUUUACAAUAACCCAAGAUUUAUGAUCGAUCAUGCUCCCAACAUCACUGAACUAUCUGCUAUGAAUCGCACUGAGAAGGAGAUGCGUAUAGAAGAACUAAUAAGAGAAAUAGCCGAAAUCGAUAAAGAAGAGUCUAACGGAUAUCCACCCAACAGUAAGAGGGUAAAACGAGUUGUAGAUGGUGUAAAUACUACCGGCGUUUCAUUCUUAACCUUACACCCUGCAGCUUUUUCAAACAUCAUCGGACAGGGAGUUGCUUUAGAAGCUGUAACACUGUCUCCCCAUGCCUUCAUCGGAGAGAUUAUGAUGGGUGAAGCCCUGAAUCUUCACGUUUUAUCACCUAGGGCUUUCAUUGCCACUGUACUUUCACCUUCAGCUCUGAUCGCUAGAAUACUCUCACCCUCAGCUCUUAGAGCGGAAGUUCUGGCUCCCAGGGCUCUGACAGCUUGGGUACUUUCACCUGAAGCAAUGAUUGCGGAAGUUCUAACUCCACGAUUUCUUGAACCACGUGUUCUUUCUCCUGAAGCUUUAGUGAUUGAUAUUUUGAGUCCAGGCAUAUUAUCUCCUCAUAUUCUUUCAUCAGAAAGUAUUGGAGUUAUGGUCCUCAGUCCUAACAUUCUUUCACCUCGAAUAGCAAGUGAAGAACACUUGCUCGUUGAGGUUCUUUCCCCUCAUAUACUUGGAGGUCCCCACAACAAAGAGGAGAAAGAAACUAACAUUCACGACAAGGAAUCAAGCGCAGCUUCUUCCAGUCAUGAAGCAGGUGGUGCUAAUCACGGCGGACAUCAUCGAAUGGGGCUUAUAAGAGCAGUCCAAAAACUCAGAUAA